AUCACCAUGUCCGGACGUGGCAAAGGAGGCAAGGCAAAGGGCAAGAGCAAGACCCGUUCCAGCCGUGCGGGUCUCCAGUUCCCCGUGGGCCGCAUCCACCGUCUCCUGCGCAAGGGAAACUACGCUGAGCGCGUCGGAGCGGGCGCUCCCGUCUACCUCGCGGCCGUCCUCGAGUACCUGGCUGCCGAAGUGCUCGAGCUCGCCGGCAACGCGGCUCGCGACAACAAGAAGACCAGGAUCAUCCCCCGCCACCUGCAGCUGGCCAUCCGCAACGACGAGGAGCUGAACAAGCUGCUCUCCGGCGUUACCAUCGCGCAGGGCGGCGUGUUGCCCAACAUCCAAGCCGUGCUUCUGCCCAAGAAGACCGAGAAGAAGGCGUAA